GCCCCGCCGCACGGCCAUGGCGCUGCGCUUCUCCGCCAACCUGUCCUGGCUCUUCCCGGAGCUGCCGGCGCUGCCGGCGCGGCUGGAGGCGGCGGCCGCCGCCGGGUUCCAGGCGGUCGAGGCGGCCUGGCCGGCGGGUUGCCCGGCGCAGGCGCUGCGGGCCGCGGCGGAGCGGGCGGGGGUGCGGAUCGUCCUCCUCAACGCUCCCCCCGGGGACCAGGACGCGGGCGAGAUGGGGCUGGCGGCCGUGCCCGGGCGGCAGGCAGCGUUCCGGCAGGGCCUGGCCGCAGCCGUGCAGUACGCCAGGGCCGUGGGCUGCCCCAGGAUCCACCUGAUGGCUGGGCGGGUGCCCCAGGGCACGGAGCGGGCAGCAGUGGCAGCUGAGAUGGAAACCACCUUCAUUGAGAAUCUCAGAUACGCUGCGGACCUCCUGGCCCAGGAAGACAUGACGGGACUGGUGGAGCCCAUUAACAACCGCAUCACUGACCCUCGCUACUAUCUGAACACCCCGCACCAAGCUGCUGCCAUCCUGGAAAAGGUGGGACGGCCCAACCUGAAGCUGCAGCUGGAUCUUUUUCACUGCCAGAUCAUGGAUGGGAACUUGUCACACAACCUGGAGACAUACUUCCCACUCAUUGGUCACAUCCAGAUUGCGCAGGUGCCGGGGCGGCACGAGCCCGACAGCCCUGGGGAGCUGAACUUCCCCUACAUCUUUGAUCUCCUGGAGUCCCUUGGCUACACUGGCUAUGUGGGCUGCGAGUAUGCUCCCAAAGGAGACACGCAGGAAGGCCUGGGCUGGCUGCGCUCGUACCGGCAGAACAGGGGCCUGCAGCCCGGGGGGACCAGCAUGGCUGCAGAGUAAAGCAAGGGCACCAUGGCAAUAAAAGGCAGUGGCUUCACCAA